AUGGCGUCCAGGUCACUUGUAAUAAAUGAGUUCCUGUAUUAUUUAGAAAAUAAUUGGAAUUUAAUUGAGAAUGAAACGUUUAUUAAUAAUAUAUCUGUAUUUUAUAUUCAUGAGGAUAUUGUAAAUGCAAUUAAAUUGCUAAAAAGUGAAUUAAAUAAUUUUAAAAGUGAAAAAAGUGAAAAAUUGCGGUCGCGGGGUAACAUGAAAAUUGAGAAAAUAUUGGAAUGUAUAUCGUUAAUUAAACAGUUGAAAGAAAACAAAUGUUGGGACAAAUGUCCAUUAUUUGUUAGUUGUAAUUUAAAUAAAGUCCCAAAGUCUGAAAAUUUGUUAACAUUGAACUUUGAAACUAUCAAACUAGAAUUAAAAGAUAUAUUGCACAAACAACAGGUCCAAUUUAACAAAGUUAUUGAAACUGUUGAAAAUAAUAAAGCUGAUAUUAUUUCAUUAAAAAACGUUAUUAAAACUGCUGAUAUUAAUAAACCAGAAGUAAAUACAUUGAAAAAUAAACUAAAUUCUAAUGUUGUAAGUGACUACAGUACUGAAAUGACAAACAAGGAGGGACAAAAUAAAAAUGUCAGUAGUUCUCUGUGGUCAGACAUAGCAAAGUCAGAAGACAACAGUACCCCGUUCUCAACUGUAAACGGAGAAACCAGCAACAACCCAACAAACAACAAACAAACUGGAAAAAAGACAGCUAUGAAAAUAAUUGGUAAAAAAGUUUCAAAUGAUUGCAAACUGAAGGCAGAUAAAAUCUUAAUGAAAAAAUCUGUGUUCUGUUUAAGCAAUGUCAGCAAGUGCCACAGAAAUGAUGUGAUGGCCUACCUAACCGACAAUGGUAUCCAUGUUGUUUCCUGUUAUCCCAUACUCAAACAACUCAAUAAAAUGGCACCAGCUUCUACAGCCGACGUCAAUAACAAUAAUAAUAGUCAAACUGAGAAUAAAAAAACAGAUGAAGAAGAAUCCAGUACGUUUAGAGUUUGCAUCGAUAGCUCUGAUUCUAAGAAAAUGAAAGACCCUGACAUAAUGCCCCAGCACAUUAUAGUACGCGAGUGGCAAUUCAAUAAGAAACCAGAAACAAUUGUCGAUCAAACAAAAAAAGAUGGAUAA